CACUCUUUAACCUAUGAAGAGUAUAUAUAUUUUCACCUUUCUUUUUGCCUGUUAUUCUCAAUGUUUACUGGCUUCAUCGCACAAACAUUGUGAAACACGUGAAAACUGAAUAUUAUUUUAACCGUGCGGGCUCUGAGCGGUUUGAUGUACUGUGAUGGAGUCGAUAAACCAGUGUCACUGCUGCCUGCAGCGGCCUCCGGCUAAAUAUUUGAGGACGCCGUACACUCGUCACGGCAUAACGGAGAUAUACUCACUCAUGAUCGAAGAAUGCUUCGUGAUCAAACUGACAUUGGGCAAUGAUGACCAGAGCGGUAUCUGCGAGGAGUGUCUGCGGCUCCUGCGGGAGGCGAGCUCCUUCAAGAUGCAGGUGCUGCGCUGCCAGACCGAGCUGCGGGAGAGGCUCGAGGCAGAACUGAGAGUCAAAGAGGAGAAAAUGGAUGAACCUCUUGAAGAUGACUUGUGCAGUGAGUUUGCCGAGCCUUCUUUACCUUCAGACGAGGUGAGCCUGGACCAGCCUAUUAAAGAGGAGCCCCGAGACGAAUAUAUGUCUCCCCCAGACAAGGAGAGCCCGCCUUGUAAAGAGGAGCCCCGAGACGAAUAUAUGUCACCCCCAGACGAGGUGAGCCCGGGCCCGCCUUGUGAAGAGGAACCGCGAGACGAAUAUAUGUCACGGCGAGACGACGAGGCAGCCACAGCCACUUCUAUUCCUCCAAGAGUUCUAGGGAGAACCGCAAAAUAUUACCGUGAAUACAGGGCGCGAAAGCGAGCAGAGUGGGAAAAAGCGUUGUUGAAUAGAACAUGUGACCCUUCUACUGCUGAUUCUUCUAUUAACGUCGCAAGAUCUGUAGAUAAGAAGAAAGCAGCCACGGAGAAACGGAGAGAGUACCGAGCACGCAGAAAAGCACAAUGUUACCAAUAUUGCAGAGCGGAGCAGGAAAAGUCGUGGACAACUAGUGACACUACUGUUGAUUCUUCUAUUAACGCAGGACCAGUGAAAAAGAAAAGGAAACCAGCCGCGGAAUACCAGAGAGAGUACCGAGCGCGUAUAAAAGCCAAACGGCAAGCUAUAAUAGGCCGAACUGCUGGGCCUUCUGUUGAUCCACAAACGAUUGUUGGGCCGAAGAGUGAUGGCUUUUCACUACCAAAGAAGAAAACACGCGCGGCAUAUCAGCGGGAAUAUAGGGCGAGGAAAAAAGCUCAACGGGAAUCUUCGAGCAUUCAAUUGUCAACUGUGCCACGCACUGUUUAUUUUCUUCACGUUGGUGGCGAACAGGGAUAAGGUCCGCCUGUUGGAAAGCGGUCACCGUAACCACAGUAUAAUGACGACUCAGUGGCAGCGGCGACGCGAUCGGUAUUUGGCUCUCUCGCGCGACACGGCAGCGCGGCCCGUACUGGCGCGACUGGUAUCAUCCGGUUCCGCAUGUACUCGCUGCACCUCGCUGCGUGCGAGCGCUACUCAAGGACAAACCGCGCGGCGCAAAAUUUGUUAGAAGAAUUAUUACUGGUUUUAUACUGUGCCGUCGCCUGCAAGACCUUUCUGGGUUGAUAAGUAACACUGUUACUCAGUGUCGAUAUUUCCUUGUUGAACAGCCGAAGUGUCACUAUCAUGAAAUAUAAUAAAUAAAUAAUGAAAUAUAAGCAAGUGAAUAGUGUACAGCAAUAUAUUUAACUAAGACUAAGUUAUGUUAUUA